AUGAAACGAAAAGAACGUAGCUGGAUGUACGAAAGGAAGGUUGGGAAUUCUAUUAAUCCUGAGUUCUUGAAGGGGGUAGAUGAAUUCCUUAAAUAUGUGGAAGAUCAUCCCGAGAGUAGCAACCCGAAUGAAUUUAGGUGUCCAUGUUUUAAAUGCAAAAACAAACGUCUCUGGGAUCCAGAUACGGUCAAACUUCAUUUGUAUCGCAGCGGUUUUUUACCUAAUUACUACGAGUGGAUGUGUCAUGGGGAAGGGUUUCCAGGAACUCGUAGAAGGGAGUCAAAUGAAUAUCGUGAAAUGGUUUUGGAUGCCUUUGGUCAGUCUCAAGAUCAAGGCCAUUCCGAAGAGCCACCUGUUUCAUUAGAGGAGGAGCCUAAUGCACAAGCCAAGCCAUUUUUUGAUUUGUUAAGGGCUUCUGAACAACCGUUAUACGAAGGGAGUUCAUUGUCUGUGUUAGAGAUGGCUUCUAGAAUCACUAGCCUAAAGUGUGAGUAUAAUUUGCCGCACAGAUGUGUUGAUGGAUUUGCUUCUUUGGUUAAUGAAGCGAUUCCUAACAACAACCACAUGGCCGAGACAUUCUAUGAGGUCAAGAAAAUUGUUAAGGGGUUAGAUCUGCCCCAUGAAAAGAUUCAUGCAUGCCCGAAAGGAUGUAUGUUGUUUUGGAAAGAUGAUACUCAAUUAUCUACAUGUAGGGUGUGUGGCAGCGACCGAUACAAGAAGACUUCUAAAGGUAGCUUAGUGCCUUUGAAUGUUCUAUUUUAUUUCCCUAUCACACCUAGGUUGCAAAGGCUUUUUGCAACUAAAAACAUUUCUGAGGAAAUGACAUGGCAUGCUAAAAAUCCUCGAGUUCAAGGCACAUUGGCACACCCUAGCGAUAGUGAAGCGUGGAAACACCUAGAUAGUUGCUUUCCUGAGUUUGCCUCUGAACCUCGUAAUGUUCGACUUGGCCUAUGUACGGAUGGAUUUGCUCCACAUGGUCAGUUUGGGGGACAAUAUUCAUGUUGGCCUGUCAUUUUGACCCCAGUAUAA